AUGAAAUCAAAGUAUACAGAUAAAUCAUUCAAUUUACACACAUCAAAUGUACAAUCAGAUAAUACUGUUAAUGAUGAUCCUAGUUAUAAUAAUAAUAAUAAUAAUAAUAACAUACAAACAAUGUCAAAAUCAUCAUUUAAAAAUAAAUCACAUUCACCAUUGUCAACAUCAACAAAUUUCUUAUAUAACAUAUCGAAUCCCGUUGAACGUAAUUUUAAAUUAACUAAUCAAGUUGGUGGAUUAGGUUUAGUAUCAUCAGUACAAAAUCGUAUUAGUCUUGAUACAUUAUCACAUACAACAAAUUCUCCAUUGAAUAUAAUCAAGCAUAAUUCACCAGUUUUAAGUAAUUCAUUAAUCUCUUCAAUAGAUGAUAUGAAACAAUAUAAAAAUAAUCAACCAAUAACUGAUUGGCCAACAUCAUCAGCAUCAGAAGAAUAUAGUAAAAUUAAUAUGCGUAUUAUGGGUCAACCAAUUGAUCCAAGUGUUGUUAAUCAUUUACAUCCAGAUGUAUCACCACAUAAAAUAAAAAAAUUACGUAAAAUUUUAUCUGGUAGUUUAGAUAAAGAAUGGACAUCUGAAACACCACCAAGAGUAUUAAGACAACGUGGAAUAUCUGGUUCAUUUAAUACAAAUAAUCAAGAAAGUUAUACAUCACUUGAUGCUAAAUUAUUAAAAGAGAUUAGAGAAUUGAAUUUUACAUUUCGUAAUUCAUAUGGUGUAUAUUUUACUUUAACUGAUGAACAAAUUCAACCAUAUCGUUAUUGGUUAAUUGAACGUGCUACAUGUGAAAUGGAUUUUAUAUGGGAAGAUUUAGGACCAUUAUUUUGGCCACGUUGGAUACGUAGAGGUGUAUGUUUAAAUCGUCCUGGACAUUCAUGUUCAUGGCCAUCUGGUAUGAAAUGUCGACCAUCUGGUUCACGUGCAUUACAAUUAUUACAUUGGAAAUGUGAAGAUGCUGCACAAGUACAAACUAGAGAACAUGCUGCUGAUCAACGUAUACGUCGUCGUGUAUCAAUGAAUACAUUUCAUUCAGGUUUUUAUGAAAUGGAACCUGUUACAGAUAUUAUUAAAUCGAAACAUAAACGUGAUACUUAUGCACGUUUAAGUUUGAAAGAUAAUUCAUUACAACAUAUUAAUUCAUAUCGUAAAUUACAAGCACGUAAUCUAGGUAAUUCACAUUAUGAUACUAAAACAUCAUGGACAAAUAUAAAAUCAUCUGAACCAUCAAUAUUAUCAUCAUCAUCUUCAUCAUCAAUAUCAUCUUCAUCAUCCUCUUUACAUUUAGAUACCAAUUCAAAAGAUGAAAAACGUCGACGUCGUGCUAGACGUCUAAUUAAACGUCUCAGUGUAACAGCUAAUGGAUAUCAUUGUUAUUGGCAAGUACAAAAAUAUUUAAUUAGUGAUCGUUGUUCAUGUUCAUGUUCAUAA